UCCCUUCCAAAUCCGAGAUUCCCCAAUCGAGCGAGGCAGAAACCCUCGAAUUCAGAAGCCCAAGCAAGCGCGGCAUUCUCCUCCCCACCUCCGGUUCGAAUUCGCGUUUUGGCGGCCAAUCGCGGCAUUCUCCUCCCCCCGUUCCUCCAAUCUCCUUGCAUAAAUCAGCCGCGUUCCUUCCUCGCCGCCACCCAAAUCCCCCAAACCCUACCUGCCUUCCUACCUACCUACCGCGUUCGGGGAGCAGGAGCAGGAGCAGGAGCCCGUCGACAAUGUCUGACAAGGAGAAUGUGCUCCCAGCGGCGGCGGCGGCGGCGGCGGCGGGGCCCCGGGUAACCCGUGCCGCGGCCAAGCGCGCCGCGAGUUCCGGGGCUUCGUCGUCCGGUGCGGCGGCGAAGCGGAAGCGGGUGGCGCUCGGCGAGCUCCCCACCCUCUGCAACGCCGCGGCCGUGCCCGGCCAGCCGUCGCGCCCCGUCAAGCCCGCCAAGCCCGCGGCCGCCGUCGAGGAGGAGGCGCACGUGGACGAGGGUAUGUGCGCGCCCACUACUCCACCCGCCGCCUCGGAGGAGGCCAGCGGCGGCGGGGACCCCCAGCUCUGCGGGACCUACGCCUCCGACAUCUACACCUACCUCCGCUCCAUGGAGGUGGAGCCGGCGCGGCGGCCGGCGGCGAAUUACAUCGAGACGGUGCAGACGGACGUGACGGCCAACAUGCGCUCCAUCCUCGUCGACUGGCUCGUCGAGGUCGUCGAGGAGUACAAGCUCGUGGCCGACACGCUCUACCUAACCGUCUCCUACGUUGACCGCUUUCUCUCUGCCAACCCUCUCGGCCGCAACAGGCUGCAGCUCCUCGGGGUCGCCGCAAUGCUCAUUGCUGCGAAGUACGAGGAGAUCACACCACCGCAUGUGGAGGACUUCUGCUAUAUCACCGACAACACGUACACCAAGCAGGAGCUUGUCAAGAUGGAGAGCGACAUACUGAAGCUGCUCGACUUUGAGAUGGGCAAUCCUACCAUCAAGACCUUCCUGAGGCGGUUCAUGAAAUCUGGCCCAGAAGACAAAAAGCGGUCCAGCUUGUUACUGGAAUUCCUGGGUAGCUAUCUUGCUGAGCUGAGUCUUGUGGACUACAGCUGUCUCCAGUUCUUGCCAUCUGUUGUUGCUGCUUCAGCUGUUUUUCUUGCUAGGUUGACCAUUGCUCCAGACUGUAAUCCUUGGAGCAAGGAGAUGCAAAAACUGACAGGCUACAAGGCAUCAGAACUGAAGGAUUGCAUCAGAGCCAUACAUGACUUGCAGCUCAAUAGAAAGGGUCUAUCACUAACGGCAAUUCGAGACAAGUAUAAGCAACACAGGUUCAAGUGUGUAUCAACAUUGCUUCCUCCUGUUGAGAUACCUGCAUCUUAUUUUCAAGACUCAGAGUAGCUGUUCUUGAAGUGCUCCAGUGUAAAGCUAACCACUCUGAGCUUUCCUCAAGCUCCUGGAGUUGAGAGAGAAUUACAGUUGCAGAGCAGGUCCUCAGUCAAGUUAGGGUGCUGGAAGCUAUUUAGACGCAGGAUUUGUUAAAGCCUAAGCAGGAGCUGUUUGAGUUCAUUUAGGAGCUAGUCAAUCACAAGUAGGAGACCAGGAAUCCAUGUUUUGUAGAUUGUACUUCUGUAUUAUAUCUUAGAAUAUUUUGCUUUGCUUGGUUUGUCCACAGAAUUGUAAUGUUUGAUAUAUGCUGAUCCAUUGCCUGUGUUGAUUCUUAUUUUUUUUGUUAUCAGUCAGUGCACUUACAGUA